CGGGACUCGGGGGUGCCCCGGGAGGAGGUGUUUGUCGUGGACAAGCUUGCCAACACGUGGCACACGGCCGCCGGGGAGUGUCUGGACGUGACGCUCCAGGCGCUCGGCGUGGACUACCUGGACCUGUGGCUCAUGCACUGGCCGUCGCCGCUGAACCACCACGGCAACGACCCGAAGACGCCCCGCCGGCCGGACGGGACCAUCGACUUCGAGCAGGACUGGGACUACGUGAAGACGUGGGAGGCGAUGGUGGCCGUGCACAAGGCGGCCCCGCACAAGGUGCGGCGGAUCGGCGUGGCCAACUUCUCCGUCGAGGAGCUCGAGCGCAUCUGCGACGCCACCGGCGUCGUCCCCGACGUGAACCAGGUCGAGAUGCACCCGGCAAACAACCAGCAGCGGCUGCACGCGUACUGCCGGGCCCACGGCAUCCAGCUCGUGGCCUACAGCCCGCUGGGCUCGAUCGGCUCUCCCCUGCUCAGCAACGCCCAGCUCGUCGCCCUGGCCCACAGCAAGGGCGCCACCGUCGCCCAGCUGCUUCUCAGCUGGGGCGUCGCCAGCGGCUGGCCCGUAAUCCCCCGCUCCCAGUCCCCGGGCCGGCUCGACGAGAACCUCUCUCUCGUCGACCUAACGCCCGCCGACUAUGAAAGAAUCGAGAAGCUGAGACAGAGCAUGGCGGCGCCGUUCUACCGUCUGGAGAACGUGUCGUUCAAGGUUGACCCGGCGGUGGGGCUGAUUGUGGAGGUGGUGCAGAGAGCGUCGGGAGACUGCGAGGUUGGAGAGAACGACGUGGAUCUGAGAGGCAAGUUCGUCAUGCCCGGGUUUGUGGACGCACACACACACAUCUUCUUGCACUCGUACGAUGAGAAGGACAGCGCCAGACAGGUGCGGGACGAGGGCUUCGUCGAGCGGAUCAUCCGGGCUACGAACCACUGCAAGACAGCGCUCAUGUGCGGCUACACCACGUACAGAGACCUCGGCUCGGAGGGGAUGGACGACGCGGACGCAAACGUCAGAGACGCCAUCAACCGUGGGCUUGCGAUCGGGCCCCGUCUCUUUGUCGCCACGCAGGUCCUGGCCUCUGUGAACGGAUUCAAGACGCACACGGAGAACACGAUCGGCGGGACCCGUGUGCCGGCCAUGAGUGAGGCGUGCGACGGGGAGGACGAGAUCAGAAGAGCGGUGAGACGCCGUCUGGGUGUCGGCUGUGACGUGGUCAAGUUCUACGCAGACUACAGAAAGCGUAUCAUGCGUUUCCCUCCUGCACAGCCUCACCCGUACCUCUCGUCGGUCCAGUUCCCACCGGACGUGCCAAACCCGGACGUGAUUCUAUACACACAGCAUGAGAUGGACGUCCUUGUGGCUGAGGCCAAGAACGCAGACUGCCCCGUUGCAGCCCACUGUGCCACAAACAGAGCAGUGAAAAUGGCGGCCGAGGCAGGUGUCUCCACCUUGGAGCAUGCAUUUUGGUGUGACGACGAGACAUUGCAGGUGGUCAAGAAGCACGACUGCAUGAUUGUUCCCACGCUAGCAAUUGCCGAACGGUUGUACGGCUCAAACUUCCAGUUCAUGCUCGACAAAACCUACAGAGCCUGGAAGCUUGGAAUCAAGCAGGCCUGUGGUGGGGACACUGGUACCUUCAACCACGGAGAAAACAUCCGUGAAGCAGAGCUUUUCAUCGAGUCCGGGAUUCCAGUGGACGAAACACUUAGAUGCCUCACCUACAACGGGUGGCUCGCGUGCGGUGGGCACAGAUGUGGAAGACUCUUUGGCUGGCUCGGUGAGGGGACUGCAGCAGACAUCGUCGCACUGGACGAAAGUCCUUUUGACUCCUUCUCGACUCUCAGAAAGCCAUCUUUCGUGAUGAAGGAUGGUAGGGUUUAUAAGAAAGACAGCAAA